AUGGUGUUCGAAACGAUAGUGGUGGACGUCCUAAACAGAUUCUUAGGGGAUUAUGUGGAGAACCUGAACCGUUCUCAGUUAAAACUAGGAAUAUGGGGCGGCGACGUGGUGUUGGAAAAUCUGGUGCUAAAGCAGAAUGCCUUGGAGGAAUUAAAUAUUCCUGUUCAGACAGUGUAUGGACACCUGGGUAAACUAGUAUUGAAAAUUCCCUGGAAGAAUCUUUAUGGCGCAUCAGUGGAGGCUACAGUUGAACGACUGUUUUUGAUCGUCAAUCCUACAGCGGAAGUGAAAUAUGAUCCCGCCAAGGAGGAGAAAAUGGAACUGGCCGCCAAACAGGCUGAACUGGCGAGAGUUGAAGAAGCUAAAAAGAAAGAAGCUGAAAAAGAUCAAAACAAACUAGAUGAGACUUUCGUCGAGAAAUUGGUGACACAGAUCAUCAAGAACGUACAGUUGAAAAUCACAGAUAUUCAUAUAAGAUACGAGGACAGCAUAACGAAUCCUAAGGCGCCUUUCUCAUUUGGAAUCACCUUGCACAAUUUAUCCGUCCACACGACUGACGAGAACUGGAAGAAGGCAGUCAUUCAGGAGGCCGUUACCAAGAUUUUUAAGAUUUUAGAUUUAGAAGGCCUUGCUGUAUACUGGAAUCCCGCAACAGAAAUUUAUUCAAAAUCGAGUCCACAAGAGAUUAAACAGCGAUUAGAAACAGAAAUUGCUGCAAAGUCAUCCAAACCCACCUUUUAUCACUAUGCGUUGGGUCCAAUCAACGCAACAGCAAAAUUAAAAUUGAAUCCAAAGCCAGAGGGAGAUGUACCUAAAUUCAGCUUACCGAAAGUGAUUUUAAGUCUUCAUAUGGAACAAUUAUCUGUCAGUCUAACCAAAUCCCAGUAUCAAGAUAUGAUGCUCCUUGCCGAUUCCAUGGACAGAAUGAACAAGCAAGCACCUUACAGAAAAUACCGCCCAGACCUAACAACAUAUAAACAAAACUACAAAGCUUGGUGGCAGUUUGCAUACAAGUGUAUAUUAGAAGAGGAAGUCCGCCGUCGACGUCGCAAUUGGGACUGGGAACAUAUGCUGAGACAUAGAACCUUAUGUAAAGAUUACGCUAAGGUUUAUCAGUGUAAGCUAAGUAGUAGAGGUAAAGUGACCAGCGAUCAGCAGUGUCUGCUCGACGAGGCGGAGAAAUCGCUUGACCUGUUAAACCUAGUCGUUAUUAGACAAAAGAUUGAGAUGGAGGUUGAAAGACUCGGUAAACUUGCGGAGGAAGCUAAAAAGUCCCGCGGCUGGUUCAGUGGCUGGUGGUAUGGAGGUAGUUCCCACGAUGGUGAACUUGCUGAGGGCACGGCUAUAAUGAAACAGUUUGAAAAAGCGAUGACCCCCGAAGAGAAGGCGAAGCUUUUCCGUGCCAUAGAUUACCAGGAGAACUCUGCGCCUUUGCAUAUACCCAUCGAGUACGUGGCCGUCGUAGGUCACUUUCAGUUGGAUAGGUUGCAGUUGUCCGUGACGGAUAAGUCGGAGGUGUUGAGAGCUUGUGUCGAGGAUGUUGAAGUUGACUUGAGACAACGACCCAGUGCUAAUGCUCUAAGGGUGGACGUCAGUAUGAAGUCUUUCAAUGUGACUGGUUGCCAACAAGGUGACUUUGAACCGCAAUUGGUCUCGUCUAAGGAAGUCACUCAAGAUAUGAACCUUCUCAACGUUAUGUUUGAGACCAAUCCUUUAGAUGGCUUGUGUGACCAACGUGUAAAGGUGCAAGCUCGUCCUCUACAAAUAGUAUAUGAUGCACAAACUGUGAUAGAAAUUGUCAAUGUUUUUAAACCCGCCACUGAUUCUACAGCUUUAACUACCUUACAAGCAGCUGCCGAAAACAAACUAUCAGAUUUAAAAGAAAAGUCAGCGCUCGGUAUGCAGUACGCGGUACACAACCACACGUUCAUUGAAAUUGACGUCAAUAUUGCCGCGUCUUACAUUAUAGUGCCACAAAGUGGUGUUUAUCGAGGCAAUGAAGCAUGUGUAGUAGUUAAACUUGGUGCCAUAAAAGUAAAAUCAGAGCCUCGUUCGCAAGCGCUCGACGUACACAAAUUGUACCGCGAGGGACUCGCCGACGAAGAUAUACUGAGGGAGAUUGCUCAUCAUAGCUACGAUAAAAUGGCUCUUGAGCUCACGGAAAUGCAGAUCGUGAUUGCAUCUCCGAAAGAAGAUUGGCAGACGGCCAUCGCGUCGGAUGACGAAGCAACCCCGAUGCAUUUACUACAACCCACCAAUUUAGUAAUACAUAUACACAAAUGUUUGAUCACGGACGAUCCACGAUUGCCCAAGAUCAAGAUCAGAGGAACUCUCCAAAAAAUUGCCAUAAGUGUCUCUGAGGAUAGAUUACUUACUUUAUGUGAAAUAUUAGUUGGCAUGCCUUUGCCACAAUCAGAAGAAACAACACAACUGAAGCCUAGUGAAUCGAAGGGGUCGAGUAUGUCUUUAUUGAGAUUUUUGGAUCCAGCUGAAAAACAGAAACGUGAGACCGCUCGAGCACUCAAAGAGAAGAAAGUAGAUGAGCAUAGCGUUCAGCUAACAGAAGUUGAAGCUUUCUUUAUAAUGAAAGAACUGGCGUUGUGCAUUAAUCGUAAGACUACAAAUUCUGAAAGUAAAUGCUAUGAUAAGUUUCUAGUAUUUUCACUGUCUCUCUUACAAUUGACUGCUGUGCAAAAGACCUUUACGCUGGGUGCGACCAUCCGUUUGGGUGCUGUCAAUUUGCAACACUUCAGAACUGGACAAAAAGUGUUGCAGAUCAUUGAAAUGCUCAAUGAUCCUUUCGAAAGUUCAGCAUCAGAUGACACUCUUGAAAAAGAUGAUUCAAUGAUGUGCGCUCGAACUCAAUAUCUCUUCACUGUUACUUAUAGUAAUGUGGACAAAAAGUGUCCAGAAUUUAGAAGCCUUUAUGGCUCAGUGGAACAGAUGAUUGAAAUGGAUUUUACAGAUUUGAGGUUACUGUUACAUCUUCAGGGCUUAAACGAAAUCUUCGUUGUUGUAAAUGAAUAUCAGACGAGGUUGCAAGACAUUCAGAGUACGGUCGAUAGAACGGCCAAUGCUGGUCCAUUGGAGACUAUUCUGGAAGACGAGGAAUAUACUUCUAUAAAAGCUAAAGUGAGCCAGUCCAAGCCGUCCCGCCAGAAGCAAGUGGAGAGCAUCCAGCUGAAGGUGUCUGCGCGCGUGGGCACGAUCGAGAUCGUGUUCGCGACGGACGCGCGGCCGCUGUCCGUGGUGUCGCUGGGCGGCGCGGCCGUGGGGCUGGUGCUCAAGGCCUCCUACACGCAGCUGGACUGCGCCAUCGCCUCCAUCAAAGUAGAGGAUCUAAACCCCGUCACUGCACACAGAGAGAUUUUGAAAGUACUUGGUGGUGACGUUAUGAACGUGCAAAUAGUGAUGUACAAUAAUGAAGUAUCGUCUGCGAGUGACAUCGAUAUGUCAAUAGAUGCGCAGAUCAACUGUCUCAGAAUAAUAUUCUCGAAUUGGUUCGUCACUUCUAUGUUGGAAUUUUUGAAUAACUUUCAAACAGCACAACAAGCGAUAAUUGAAGCAUCUUCUCAAGCGGCAGACGCGGCGCGCGCUAACGUGGCCAACGCGUACCAAAACUCCACCAAGUUGGCGCUAAAAGUACGCCUCGCCGCCCCCAUCAUCAUAGUGCCCGAGAAUUCCAAGAGUUAUAAAGCUCUUCUCAUCGAUUUGGGCCGAAUGAGCAUCAAUAACAAGUUUGUGGAUCUGGGAAUCUCUCAUGUAAAGAACAAAGUUACCAUCGACGAGUUAACACUCGAACUGGAGAACGUGAAGUUAUCCUGUGUAGUGUUAAACAGAGACUAUGCGACUAAUCAAGAGAGAAACCUAUUGGCACCGACUAGUUUUAAGCUGUUUGUGAAGAGAAGCUUGUCUGCGUGGUACGAAACAUUACCGGAUCUUGAUAUAUCAGGACGUAUGAAAAUGAUUGCUAUUACAGUAGGUCAUAGCGACUACAAAAGCAUAAUGAAUAUUUUACAACAAAAUCUAACUGAGGGUCAGAAGAAAGUCCCUGAGGAGAAACCGACGCAUAAGGUGGUGGCUAGCACUUCCAAGGCUCAAGUUAAGGCUAAGGACUUGAAAGUUCAUACCAAAACGACAUCAGCGGAAAUUAUAGCGAAGCAAAAGAAAGCUAGGACCAGUAUAAAGUUUGCAUUUACAAUGGACAGCUUCGUUAUUGAUCUUUUCACAACUACCAGUACAUCCGAAGACCUAAUGUUCGUUCAAGACGCGGAACUGGCACGAUUCUGUCUGGCGCUCCUCUCAGUGAAGGGGAGGAUGCUCACAGACGGGUCCAUGCAGACCUCUCUUCUACUCGUCGAUUGUACACUCGAUGACACCAGACCUGGCAGAGGUGAUAAGAUAACUAGGUAUCUUGAGCGACAUCGUGGCAAUAGAGGUGACUCGCCCGAAACACCGGAGUCUUCAGAAGGCCAAGAUAAGAUCCGAAGCAUGAUUGAUAUCACUUACUCUAUGAAGAACGACGACACAUUCAUCGACAUGCGAAUAUUCAGUUUCAAUUUAAUAUUGGCGAUGGAUUUCUUGAACAAGUUGGCGGAAUUUAUGACUACGGGACUGGCUGUGGACGAAGAACCUGUGGAUACCGAAGAUGUUAAAGUUUCUAAAUCAGUACAGCUGCAAGAGAAGUCAUUGGAAACGAUUGGGAAGAAAAAGUCAACUGCUCCCGCUCCAGCUGUUGAAUCCGAACUAGAAACCGUACGUCCAUCCAUGAUGACGGUCAACAUUAAGAUUGAACAGCCAGACAUUAUUCUGGUCGAGUCUCUUGAGAAUCAAACUUGCGACUGUUUAGUUUUAAAUAUGGAGGCGCGCUUCAAGCUGCGGCGCAGCGCGGAGCGCAUGGUGGCGGACGGCGGCAUCUCGGGGCUGCAGGUCGUGGUGCGCAAGCUGCGCCGCGCCGCCCCGCGCGCCGCGCCGCGCUACCUGCUGGCGCCCGCGCACCUGUCGCUGGCGCUGUCGCAGCCGCCCGCCUCCGGCAUGCACGUCGACCUCGCCAUCACCGACAUCGUCAUCACCGUCUCGCCCGAAAUCAUAGGUUUACUUAACAGAGUGAUGGCGACCAUGACCAGUAGCGAAGAGCAUGUCAAGGAACAAGCAGACGUCGCGAUAUUCUACAACCAGCUCUGGGACAUAAAACCUUUCAAGCCCAACGCUUAUUGGUUUUUGAAAACUGGUACUUAUGUUGCCGAAGAAGCGGUAGAGACCGAUAGCAUUGACCGCAGUACAAAGGCUCCCAUCGGUGAGAUUUGCCUGCUGUCGUGCCCACAUAUUAUAUUCUCUCUGGAGAUGCAAAUUGGUACUGAAACCAUUCCCGUACUUGUGAUGGAGGCUUCACUCACUGGCCAGGUCAAGGAUUGGAGUUCCGAUUUCUACAUGGAAUCUACGUGGGCGAUGCAAGUAUCAUACUAUAACAUCUCACGAGCUGUAUGGGAGCCGCUCAUUGAACCGGUAGAAGUGCUUAAAGACAAUCAGUACAAACAUGUGCCAUGGGAACUUAAAAUGGAGGUAGUGAUGCACACACAAGAUACACUAGCAAUAGACACGUUAGACGAGGCGACGAACUUGCAGAAUGUUGCUCAGAGACAAGCGAACAAGACCGUCACCAUCUCCAGCAGCGAGUUGUUAGAGCUCACUUGUACCAGAACCGGGAUGGAGAUGCUAACAUUAUUAGGCAAUUCUUUCGCGGCGGCUGUUGCUGAAGAAUCUGCGGUUACAUCAAAAACCCAGACUGACCUUGCAUCAGAAAAGCAAUUUUACGGGGCCCCGUACGUGUUACAUAACUGCACUGGCUUGACUGCAAAAUUAUUGUUGAAGGAUAACCAUGACUUUUCCGUAUAUUUCACAGAGGGAUACACUGAGAACGAUUACAGAGAAGUGGUGCUUGAACCGGGAGCAUCGGUCCCAUUGCAAUUGAAACAUGGCGGACUCAACUUGAUGAAACUCAAUGAAGCACCACCACCUCUUAAACUUAACGUUAAGAUAUUAGAGAUCAACGACGACGUGAAGAUCCCGGUGGACCGCGCGGACAAGCGCUACUUCACGAUCGGGCGCAACAUGUCGGACGGUGCGCUGGACAAGAGCAUCCCGCACGCCGCCGCCGUGGAGCCGCGCGGGCUCAUCUCCGACGUCGUCAUGCGGGACGCCGCGCUGCACAUCUACCUGCGCAGUGUCGUGCAGGUUACAAACAAAUUGUCUGUGAAUGUGUCAGUUUACUACAUGACUCUUAGCGGUAACGAAGUGCGUCUGCUUGGUGAAGUGAAGCCAGACGACAUCUUGAGAUUACCUCUACAAGCCGUACACACACCCACCGCUGAAAUAUUCUUCUCUGUGGAAGGCUUUACUGUGUCCGUAUCUCCGUUUGUGUGGCGAGAACUCCAACAAGAAGUAAGGAUAUCGAAGCUGUUGCAAUGUGACUCUAAAGAUAAAAGUACGGGAGAAAAAUUCUAUCUGAAGGCAGUGGGUACGAUGGAACAAGUAUUCUUCGAGCACACAACCCGUCACACAUUUGCAUCAUCUUGCUACGACUUGGUCCUAAAGCCGGCUGUGAAACUACACAACUGCUUGCCUGUAGAGAUCGUAGUAUCACAGUUAGGUCUGAUGAGGACACAAAUAUUUAAGCCAGGAGAAAUGUUCCACUUGGUGCAUCUGUCACCAAACAAAGCUUCUAUUGUUAUUAUGAUUCCAAACUACCUGGACAAAUGCUGGGUGUGUACAAAGAAUCUACCAGACUCCGAGACAGAAUUGUCUGUGUGGUCAUUCGAAUCCCAUGACAGUCCGUCGGUUAUGACCUUAGACUUGGGUAUGCAUAGCGUGGACAUGGAAGGCACGCAAGUGUUGUCGCUCUACUGCCCGUUCUGGAUGUUGAACAAAACUGGAUUCACGUUAUGCUAUAGGAAAUCAAAGAAACCAGAAAAAGACUCCAGCACUCCCAACAAGAACGUGGACGAAACGGGCAAUGUUAUAUUCCAUCCUAAAGAUUACUGCGAUCCAAUACUGUUUUCGUUCCGUGCAAAGAAUUUCUUCGGUAAGAAGAAAGCAGCUAUUAGGGUAGAAUUUGGAGAAUGGUCCGAGAAAUUUUCUUUGGACGUUCCCGGAAGCUCCGGUGUUGUGAUGUGCAAAUAUGAAGGCAGAACUUAUCAGGUGGCAGUUACCAAUCAGCUCACAUUCAACAGUUUGACAAAGACUGUUAUCUUCACGCCGUAUUUCCUGAUUAUCAAUGAGGCUCCCUUCGCAAUUCAAUACCAAGAACUCCACCGACCUGGCGAUCCAUGGUUAACGGUACCAGAAAAGUCCAGCGCUCCUUUAUGGCCGGUGAUAGAAACAAAUGAAAAGUUGUUACGUUUGCGCCUUGAGUGCUCGGAUGUUACAACGGCACCUUUCCUCUACACAGAACAACACUCAGUUUGUUUGAAGCUGGAUAAUGAGUUUGGAGGUCUUCAUGUUGAAGUGCAAAUGACUGAAGGCGGUACCUACAUCACUAUUAGACAGUACCGCGACGGCCACGCGCCUGCACUUCUUGUUAACUUUACGCCAUUCACUGUCGUGGCAUAUGAAAAGGAGAACGUUAAUGUCAAAACACUGCCGUCAAUGAACACAAUGUUAUAUACGUGGGAUAACCCUGCCGGACCAAGAACCCUCAUAUUUGAAAGUCACGGCCGUAAAGAAAUCGAAAAUGAUCUGAGACAGGAUGGUAUUGGAGAGUUUUUCAUUAACGAAAAUAAUCCGAUUUACUGGGUGUCGUUCCUCGACGGGCUACAACGCGUGAUUCUGUUCACUGACGACGCAAUAUUAGCGAGCGGCGCGCACACCAUCGGCGAGGCGGAGCUCGUCGACACCGAGAUCGUGCUCUCCAUGCAGGGAAUCGGCCUCUCACUGGUCAAUGAUCCCGAGCGCUUGGAGAUUGUCUACAUCAGCAUAUCUAAUUCCGGCAUUAUAUGGGAGCAGUGCAAGAUGGGCGCUAGACGUUUCAAGAAGGUUGAUGAAUCUAAAUUGAUGCAACUUGAGGAAGCUUACCAACGAUACACGACUGCAAAAAUUGUGAACGAUCAACCUCCUUCACCCUUAGUUAUGAUUGACGAGAAAACUGAGGUACAUUUCGAAGAGAUGCGUAUUACAAAGCCCUCUCCUCGUCUGUUACGUCGCACGUUAGAAGCGGGUCUGUGGGUCUCGUACGGUUUGACAGCACAUUCUAGAAGACUGCACGCCAGAUUACAUCGACUUCAAAUAGAUCAACAAUUGCCAUUGCCAACUUUCCCUGUAGUAUUGGCACCCGUUCCUCCACCAAGAUCUGUUGCGAAUGACGAUCCUUGCGGAAUGAAACCAUUCAUAGAAGUAGCUAUCGUGGAGCGUAUAAUGCUACACAGUAAAGUCCGCCAGUACAAGUACUACAAGGUGCUGAUCCAAGAGUUCCACGUAAAAGUUGACAUGGGGCUUAUCAACGCGCUGUUGAGUAUCUUCCCGCAGAAGACACUCUCUGAGCAGGAAGCACUUGAAGCAUUCCAACAAGAUCUACAAAGAGCAGCACAACCGUUAGCAGCACUAGCAGCACUAGGAGUGGCUUCAGACUCCAAGAAUUUCUACGACAAUCUACAUUUGUCCCCACUGAAGGUCCAUGUUUCCUUCUCGUUGGGUGGAACGACUCAAUUGCCUUCGUUCGUGGGAACAGUGUUACAGAGCAUCGGCGUCACAUUAACAGACAUGAAUGACGUUGUUUUCAAAUUAUCGUACUACGAGCGCACGUAUGAGUUCUUAUCGCAGAAGGAGUUAAUUGCCCAAGUCCAGAGUCACUACACAGGACAAGCGCUGAAGCAGCUGUACGUGUUGGUACUCGGUCUAGAUGUGAUCGGUAAUCCUUAUGGGUUAGUCGUUGGGUUGAAGAAGGGUGUUGAAGAUUUGUUCUAUGAGCCUUUCCAGGGUGCUAUUCAAGGACCGGGUGAAUUUGCCGAAGGUCUAUUCCUCGGUGUAAGAUCGCUGGUGGGUCACACAGUGGGCGGGGCGGCUGGCGCCGUCUCACGUAUUACCGGCGCUAUGGGACAUGGACUUGCUGCGCUCUCUCUAGAUAAGGAAUACCAGCGCCGUCGUCGCGAUAACAUGAACAAACCGCCAGCAAAUCUACAGGAAGGACUCGCUAGGAGCGGCAAAGGACUUGUCAUGGGGGUGGUAGACGGCGUAACUGGUGUAUUUACAAAACCGAUAGAGGGCGCUCGUGAGCAGGGCUUCGAAGGUUUCUUCAAGGGAUUGGGCAGAGGGGCUGUGGGCUUAGUGGCCAGGCCCACUGCUGGGGUUGUCGACUUCGCGUCUGGUUCACUUGAUGCUGUCAAGAGAGCCGCUGAUCUGUCAGAAGAUGUGACAAAGCGUCGACCGCCGCGGUACAUGCCCCCGGACUCCCGUGUCAUUCCCUACUCCAGGGUGCACGCUGAAGGUUACAAGAUGCUCUCCGAGUUGGAAAAGGGCAAAUAUCUAAGCACUGAUACAUAUGAGGCGCACGUGUGGGUUAUCCCUGUUAAGGAGGUGGUCAUGUGUACCGAUAAACGGAUAUUGUAUAUCGAGAAGAACAACGUGUUCGGCGGUUGGCAGAUCAUGUGGACGUAUCUAUGGACUGAGCUUCCCGAGGUGCCAACGCCUGUAAACAAAGGCGUGUAUAUACCGACCGCCAAGAAGAAAAUGCUGGGAAUGUUCACGAGCUCAGGGUCAGGCAAGGUCGUGUUCCUGUACGACGAACAGCAAAAGAAAUACUUGCUGGCUCAGUGCCAACGGCUGAUGCAGUCGCGUUGA